UUUCGCCAGGAUCCCUGUCAUAUGAGACUGGUAAAAUGAGCGCGAUUUUAGUCAUAAGUCAUAACAGUUUGACUUUAAGGCCAGCCGGAAAGAAAUUGAGAAUCAGAAUGGUCGACCUAAACUUAUAAAGAGUAUCAUUUUACCUGUUUACAACAGUGACAAGUGGUUAGACGAGUGUUUACGUUCCGUAUUGGAGCAGACGUUCACCGAUGCCAUUCAGCUGUCUGUCUACAAUGACGGAAGUCAGGAUGCCUCCAUGAUGAUCCUUGACAAAUGGCGACCAGAGUUUCGGAAGAAAAACAUAGAGAUUGUCUUGUCUGGUCACUCAGAUGACAGACCAAGGGGAGUUGGAUAUGCCAAGAACAAGGCAAUUGCUCAAAGCCGAGGGAAUUUUCUCUGCUUUCUGGAUGCUGAUGACAAGAUGUACAAAGACAGAAUUCUGAAGCAGCUAGAUGCGUCAAAGAAAAACCCAAAGGCUAUUGUUGGCUGCAGGUUUGUACGAGAACCUCCAGAUUCCACACUGAGAUUUACAGCCUGGGCAAAUGAGAUGUCACAUGAACAGCUGUACACACAGAUUUAUACCUCGCAUGGGCCAACAGUGAUAAUGCCGUCAUGGUUUAUGUCACGCAGUGUCUUCAAUACUGUUGGUGCUUUUGAUGAAGCUGGGAAAGGAGUGCCGGAAGAUCUGAUAUUCUUCUACAAGCACCUGGAGCUGGGAGGGGAGAUAAUUCGAGUUGAUGACUGCCUCCUGGUGUACAGAUACCAUGCUGAAGCUGCCACGUUUUCAGUAUCGGAAGAAACAAUAUGGCAGUUGAGAGUGCAGUUUAUUCAGCAGCAGCUCCUACACAAAUGGAACACGUUCAGUAUUUGGAAUGCAGGAAAACAAGGGCGAAAGUUUUUUAGAUCAUUAGAUGAAAAGAGCCAAAAAAAGGUUGUGGCUUUUUGUGAUGUGGAUAGUAAGAAGAUCUCUAAAGGGUUCUACAUAUACGAAGAGUCAAAGGAAAAGUUAAAACCAAAGAUUCCAAUAAUUUACUAUACCAAUGUGAAGCCACCAAUUGUUGUGUGUGUCAAAAUGGGUUUGACUGGUGGUGGUUUUGAGACAAACUUGGCAUCACUGAAUUUGGUAGAAGGAAAAGAUUAUCAUCAUUUCAACUAAUUUUACUUGGAAAUUAUUUACAAUGAUCACAUAGCAGUCGAAUUCUGUUGCACUGAAACAAAGAAAUUUCCAGCAUCCCAGCUGCUGUCGAUUACCACGAAUGUAUUAACUGCAACAGUUGGUUCAGAGAUUGACCAAAAUAACCACACACCUAAGAAUUGUAAACUAUUUAUGGGUUAAAAACAUUCAGGUAACCCAUUUAAUUUUUGCAUAACCUGUCAACUGUGAUAUGCGAAUUUUCAUGAAUGGGUAACGCAAAACUAAACUUGUGCAAGCGACACCACACAAAAAAAAAAAAAAAAGACUUUUCAGAAACCUGAACCGGGUGACAAUAUUAUAGUGAUUAAUCCAGACUUGAGCACAUUUUGUUUACUUAAUGAGGAGCUGCAAAGUCACUACAGAGACUUCUUACUAAUUGAAUAAAAGCACAAAUGAAAUGAAAAAGGCUUGGUACUUUGUAGACAGCAAGAAUUAGCAUUGUUGUUUACCCAAUACCAGAAAUACCAAUAUUGUUGCCAAUAAAACUUGUAUA